AUGGGAAUUUGUGGAACUUCAUCACUAAAAUCACAUCCUAGUGACCAUGUAAUUGAAAAAAAUAAGGAGAAGAAAGGACUCUAAACCUCAUAAUCUAAAACUGUUAAAUUAUUUGACUAUAAUCAAAAUAAGACAGUUAGUGUACCAGUUCUGAUUCCAGCCACUCAAAACAAUUUAUACUUUAAAAGAUAGGCAUAAAGUCCUAGUAAUAAUCAUGAGACUGUCUAAUAACUCACAUAAUCCUGA